AUGACUGUAGACAAGAGUGCCACUAGUAGCCUUGCGGCGAGUGCCGCCGAUGACGAAGAGACCGUCGCCACAGAGACAACAACGCUCUUGAACUCGGAGACGAGCUCCGGCACCCUGUCCGAUGGCUCGGCAUCACGUCCCCGGCCGCGACGGGACUCUGAUGCUGAUUCCAACGCCCCCAAGCAGUCCGUCGGCACCGCAAGGGCCGUAGCUAUCAUCUUCAGCACAUGGGUGUUGAUCUUCCUUACAGCAUCCAACAUGUCCGGCAUCACCAUGGCCCAAUCUGCCAUUGCCGAAGACUUGCAAGCCUAUGAAGAGGCUCUGUGGUUUACGAGCUCAUAUCUCAUUUCCACGUCGGCAAUGUCCCCGCUCAUCGGCCGAUUGGCCACCAUCUUCUCGCCCCGCGUCCUCGUGUUGCCCACUGGCCUAUUCUUCGCUGCUGGAGGCGCCGUGACGGCUACAGCUCACUCAUUUGGCGUCUUCAUCCUUGGCCGAGUUCUGACCGGAAUAGGCGGAGCUGGCAUCACCAAUCUCGCCAUCAUCCUCGUGCUGGAGCUGACCAGCAAAACGAAAGCGUGGCAUCUUCGUUGGCCUGGUAAAUUGCGGCUUCACGAUUGGCCUCUCAUCCGGUGCAGUGGUAGGUUGCUUUUCGGUAUUCAAGCGCCUAUCGCCCUCGCCGCUGGACUUGGAGUCUUUCUCAGCCUUCCUAGCUCGUUCAAGUCGGGUCACAAAUCGUCUGAGAAGCCGGUCAGAGAAAAGCUGGCACGGAUUGACUAUGCAGGUGCUCUUGUCCUGAUGCUCACUAUAGUGCUAUUCUUGGUCGGCCUCUCCGGAGAGAUCAAAUGGGUGCCCAUCCUACUCUCCGUGGCGGGUGCUGCGGUCUUCGUCCUCAUUGAAGUCUAUGUUGCCGUCGACCCUGUCAUCCCUCUGUCGAUUCUCUCAUCUCGGGGCGUCUUCUUCUCCUGCAUUGCGCAACUUCUUUUCAUGGCCUCCCGCUGGACCGUCCUCUUCUACUCACCCAUAUUCUUUCUGGCCGUACGAGGCUACGCCCCGGCCGUUGCCGGAUCGAUCCUCAUUCCCACCAACCUCGGCUUUGGCUCUGGCGGCCUCAUAGUCGGGUGGCUCCACGUCCGCCGCAACGGCGCUUUCUGGCUCCCCUCUAUCAUCGGUCUCGCCCUCUUUGGCACGUCCCUCUUCAUCCUCUCCCUUGUGAGCGCUCCGGAUUCCUCAGUAUGGCUAUUUGUCCUCGUCGUCUUUGCCAAUGGCCUUGCCACUGGCGCUUCUCUCAACUACACCCUGGCACACAUGUUGCACCUCAGCCGGCCGGAAGAGCACUUCAUCUCCGCGAGCCUGUUGGGCACGUUCCGAGGGUUCGGUGGUAGCUUCGGCACGGCCAUCGGCGGGGGCGUAUUCUACCGACUACUGCAUGGAGGUUUAUUGGCGGGCUUCUCCCAGCUUGACGGCGGACUUACAAAGGAGCGACGCGCAUUGGUGACCAAGUUGAUGGGCAGCCCGGCGCUCGUGUUCAACGGUGACCUUAGGGAUGCGGAGCAGGGAGUCGCUGUCGAGGGAUAUGCAAAUGCUUCCCGAGGCACAUGGGCAGCCGCUGCGAUCUUGGCCAUCUUCAUUGUCGCUCUCCAGGCUGCCUCAGGGUGGGACAAGCCGGCAGAGAAGAUUGAUGAGGAAGAAGAGGUCAACGAGCGAGCGAACUUGCUGCAAAAUGAGGGCGUUGUGGAGGCAUGA